UUACGAAUAUAUCUGUAUUAAAUUUAAUUUACAAAAUACUAUAAAUAGAAAUCUUUAAUGCAAGUAUAACCGAAAUAAAAUAGCCAAUAUUAUGGCAACAAAACCAAUAAGUACAACUUUAUUUUGCUAGUAAGAAAAACAAAAACAAAAAUACUGUACAUAAUUGCUUUCUGCCAAUUCCAAAUAUUUAUUUGUAAUGAUCUAAAAACAUAACAUCACAUGAUCAGCGUGUUUCGUGAUAAGACCACGUGACGCAGAUGAAGUUUUUUCCAGUUACCAACAUGGCGGUGUGUAUUGCUGUCAUCGCAAAAGAGAAUUAUCCUCUGUACAUCCGGAGCAUCCCCACGGAGAAUGAGUUGAAGUUCCACUACACUGUGCACACCUCUCUGGAUGUGGUGGAGGAGAAGAUCUCGGCUGUGGGGAAGGCGCUUGUGGACCAAAGGGAGCUCUACCUGGGGCUGCUCUAUCCCACCGAGGAUUACAAAGUAUAUGGUUAUGUCACUAACUCCAAAGUGAAGUUUGUGAUUGUAGUGGACUCCUCAAACACAGCGCUCCGGGACAAUGAGAUACGCAGUAUGUUCCGAAAGCUUCAUAACUCAUACACGGAUGUGAUGUGUAACCCCUUCUAUAACCCUGGCGAUCCCAUUCAAUCAAAGGCAUUUGAUAACAUGGUUUCAGCCAUGAUGGUGCAAGUAUGCUGAUGAAAUGAUCUCCAACUUCCAUUAUUUCCUCUAAUCUUCCUACCAUUUGCUUUGUACAUAACCUAAUUUAAUUGUGCUUCAUUGAUGUUUUUUGUACAGUAUAUUAUUUGUCUUCUGUGUAGUCUCAAAUAAAAUGAACCAAAUUUAUACCCGC